UGUCAGGGUUUUGUCUCAAAUCUGUUGUCUGAACUGCAAGCCCAUUCGCAGUUCAUGCCUGGAUGUCUUGGAGACAGACCGUCACCGCGCGCGGCACUGCCCCGUUCCAUUCCCCUCCCCUGGUCCCUUUUUGCCUCGCGCUCUGAUAAGUAAACAGUAGCCUCGUUGACUAUCACUCGCCUCUCAGCAAAUCAGUGCGUGCUUCUCAGUGAAGCGAGGGCGCUUUGGAUUCCGUCCUCGUUCGUGUCGGGAUGGCAUUACCUCCGUAGCGGAGUGAAACAGACAGCUUUAUUUCGCAAAGGGGUGGCCGAAGUCCCCAAUUUUGUCCAUUAUCUUCAGUUCAACAGGGACUCAUUGGCUUGUUGGCUUAAUUUUGCGAUUUUGUUCUUGACUACUCUGACCACAACUUUAAAUAGCUAUACAAUGUCAGUAAAUAAUGUGCGGACGGGAAUAUUGCUCUUGCAGUGCCUGAUCACCGGCACCCUCUGCACCGCGUUCAGUUUCACGGAGGAACCUGCGGAGAGGGCUGCCAAACCGGAUGGACAUUGCAGUCGGAUUUUAAGGGCUCAGGGCGUAAAGAGAGAGACCUACAAUGAGUUUCGCUUGAGAGUGGAAGGGGACCCUGAGAGCUACCAGCCUGGCAGUACAUACAGAGUGACGCUGUAUGCCUCCCAUCCUGCCUAUUUCCGGGGAUUCACCCUCAUUGCGUUGAAGGAAGGCAGAGAGGGGGACAAUGAUGAUGACUACGCUGGGAAUUUCCAGAUCAUUGAUGAGGAGGACACCCAGUUCAUGACCAACUGCCCCCCUGCCGUGACGGAGAGCACUCCCCGCAGGAGGACCAGCAUACAGGUCUUCUGGACAGCGCCCCCUUCAGGCACCGGCUGCAUACUGCUCAAGGCAAGCAUUGUUCAGAAGAAGAUCAUCUACUUCCAGGAUGAAGGCUCCCUCACAAAGAGGAUGUGUGAGAAAGAGCCCCUCUACGGGGAGUCUACAGACAAGCCCCUAAUGGACUGCUGCGCCUGCGGAACGGCCAAGUACAGGGUGACGUUUUACGGCAACUGGUCGGAGAAGAUGCAUCCCAAAGACUACCCCAGACGUGCCAACCACUGGUCUGCGCUCAUUGGAGGCUCCCACUCGAAGAACUACGUGCUGUGGGAAUAUGGAGGCUUCGCCAGUGACGGGGUGAAGCAGGUGGCUGAGCUGGGCUCUCCUGUCAAGAUGGAGGAAGAGAUUCGCAAAAAGGGUGACGAGGUCCUGACUGUCAUUAAGAUGAAGGCUCAGUGGCCUGCGUGGCAGCCUCUCAAUGUAGAUGCAUCUUGUCACCAGGCUAGGCAGGCAGCCGCUUGGGGCUCCCAAGCCAGAUGUCGUGCGGCCCCCUCUGCGGAGUUCUCGGUGGACCGUACGCGUCACCUGAUGUCCUUCCUGACCAUGCUGGGUCCCAGCCCCGACUGGAACGUGGGCCUGUCAGCGGAGGACCUGUGCACAAAGGAGUGCGGCUGGGUGCAGAAGGUGGUGCAGGACCUCAUCCCCUGGGACGCCGGCACCGACAGUGGAGUCUCGUACGAGGCUCCAAACAGGCCCAGCGUCCCACAGGAGAAGAUCCGUCCCCUGACCAGUCUGGACCACCCCCAGAGUCCCUUCUAUGACCCAGAAGGGGGCGCCAUUACGCCCGUGGCCAGGGUGGUUGUGGAACGCAUUGCUCGCAAGGGAGAGCAGUGCAACAUUGUACCCGAUAAUGUUGAUGACAUCGUGGCGGAUAUUGCUCAGGAGGAGAAGGAAGAAGACGACACGCCGGAGACGUGCAUCUACUCCAACUGGUCCCCUUGGUCAGCCUGCAGCUCGUCCACCUGUGAGAAGGGCAAGCGGAUGCGGCAGCGCAUGCUGAAGGCCCAGCUGGACCUGAGCGUGCCCUGCCCCCACACCCAGGACUUCCAGCCCUGCAUGGGGCCCGGAUGCAGCGACGAAGCGGAUGCGUCCACCUGCAUGAUGUCGGAGUGGAUCAGCUGGUCUCCGUGCAGCGCGUCGUGUGGCAUGGGCAGCCGCUCGCGUGAGCGCUACGUCAAGCAAUUCCCUGAGGACGGCUCAAUAUGCACGCUGCCCACCGAGGAGACGGAGCCUUGCACUGUCAACGAGGAGUGCUUGGCCAGCAGUUGCCUGGUGACGGAGUGGGGGGAGUGGGAUGCCUGCAGCGCCACCUGUGGGCUGGGCAUGAAGCGGCGCGAGCGCAUGGUGAAGACGCCCCCUGCUGACGGCUCCGUGUGUGGCGCCGAGGUGGUGGAGGUGGAGAAGUGCAUGAUGCCGGAGUGCCACACCAUCCCGUGCCUGCUGUCCCCGUGGUCGGACUGGAGUGACUGCAGUGUGACGUGUGGCAAGGGCUCGCGUACCCGCCAGCGCGCUCUCAAGUCGCCCCUGGAGCUGGGGGAGUGUCAAGAGGAACUGGACCAGGUGGAGAAGUGCAUGCUGCCCGAGUGUCCGAUGGACUGCCUCCUGACGGAGUGGUCCGAGUGGUCCGAGUGCAACAAGUCGUGCGGUAAAGGCCACAUGAUCCGGACGCGCAUGGUGAAGAUGGAGCCGCAGUUCGGCGGCAACGCCUGCCCCGAGACGGUGCAGCGCAAGAGGUGCAAGGUGCGCAAGUGCAGCCGGGGCGGCGCCAACAGCGAGGAGAGGAGGCGGCGCAAGGAGGCGCGGGAGAAGCGACGCAACAGCAAGCAGGGCCGCGAGGAAACAGUGGAAGGACAUGCGGCGUGUAAAAUGAAGCCAUGGUCAGCGUGGACGGACUGCACCAAGCUGUGCGGCGGGGGGAUCCAGGAGCGCCUGAUGACGGCCAAGAAGAGGUUCAGGAGUUCCCAGCUCAGCAGCUGCAAGGACAGGAAGGAGAUCCGCGCCUGCAACGUGCACCCCUGCUAGACACUAACUGGGGGAACCGGGAUGUGGGGGACGACAAACAUCUCCACGUGAAUGGGGGCGGGACAUGUGUGUUGAUGAUUGGGGAACGCCAUUGAGUGAGGAGCGCUGUCGAUGAAUGAUGCAGCGCACCACACACAAACACACACACACACACACACACACACUAAUUAGGGCUUUUCUGGUGCAUAAACGAAACAAGUAGAUAUCUGUGUAGAGACUGCAACUUUUAAACGGCCUGUAAAUAGUUAUUAAAAGCCUGGCUGGAUCACAGGAGCGGAUGUACUAUAAAGGAUCUACUGUAAGACGCUGACUAUGUACGUAUAUGCCAGUUGUAAGCCCAGGUGAAUUCCGUGGAAUUCUACAGUAUGGUGAUGUUCAUGUCAGGCAGGAUUUGUUGUAUCUUUUUGUUAGUUGGGUAAUAUAUUAUCUUGAGAAAAACAACUAUCAAAUUACAUACCAUGGCGUCUCAAACAAAAAACUGUCAUUAUUUAAUGUCAGAUUUUGUUUCAUACUGUAUUUGUUUGUUUUCUGCCUACUGAGUGGUCGCAAAUGUCUCAUACAGAAGUUGGCGAUUGAGGGAAUUGAAGGAACAAACAAACUUGAAGGUCUGAGUGAAAAUGAUGUGCCCUUGUGGUCAUCACAGGUCUCUGCAACUCAGAUGGAGGCCGAAACACAGAUUAUUGCCAGUCAAUUUUAGCCCACAACAACUGAAGGCUCCACGAAUAGUCAAAUGAAUUGGGUUCCGACAGGUUUCAGAUCAGAUUCACAACCCUUUGAUUUCAUUUAUGGUAACACUUUACUUGACAUGUCCCAUCAUAACACAUUCAUAACAGCUUUUAUACACUUUGCAUGGAGCAUUCAUGACUGUUUCAUUAGACAUUCAUGCCUAAACUUUCAUGAACAUGGAGGAUGAAAGGACAGCAACUUGUCAAAAUAAAAGAUAAACAAAGCAGCAUUGCAGGUUAAAUGAGGGGGUUAGAUGAAGCUUUUAUUUUGACAAGUUGCUGUCCUUUUGUCUUUCAUGAAAGGUUUGCUAUGAAUGUUUUACUAAACAGUCAUGAAUCCUUCAUGCAAAGUGUAUAACAGCUGCUGUGAAUGCAGCGACACGCCAAGUUAAGUGUAACCUCGUUUUUUUUUUGCUACCUGUACUGUACAACCUGUUGCCUACACAUUUGUUGUACGGCGAAACUGCUGUAAACUUGUUGUGGUAUUAUAUUAUUCUCAAAUAAUGACAAUAGACUUAAAAUAUUUCAUUGAGAAGUAGAACUGUUACAUCCUGUGGUUUCUUCUUUAGUAGUGUAUUAUAUUCCUGGUCUAAAAGCACAGGUAAUAUGCCAUUCCAGCAUUUUAUAUGCCUCAAACUGUUGCCGUUUUUAGGACAAAUGAACAAACAAAUCUGUUGUGAUUUUUACUCAGCAGAAAUAAAAUUAAAUGCUCCUCAACUAAUACCUUUAUAAUUUUUUGCAUUAUUUUUGCUUUUCUUUUUAAGAAUUAUGCAUUUCUUUUUAUAUAUAAGAAUGUCACCCAAGAUUCUUACCAAAGUCUUGUGUAGAUGUUUUCUAGUUGUCUUUGUCUUUU